AAUGCGAUCACCUGAUCAUACAGUUAAACGACUAAAAUUUUAAAUAAUAACAUAUAAAGAUCGUCGUAUACGGCUGCUGUGAAUUUUGUUGAUUUAAUUUACAUUUGCCGUGAGCUCGUGGUUGAAAUAUAACGUUUAUCUUUCAGGCACAGACAAUCAUGGUUUUGUUAUUAAUGUUGCAAUGCUUGUUUGUGAUUAUCGUUCGAAGUUCACCGUCGCCGUCAUACUAUCCACCGCUAUUCGAAUCGACAUUAAAGUAUUUGGGAGAAACUCUAGAAUGGGAAUCAAAUGAAACCAUUGACCAGAAAAACCUGCUUCCAGAAUACGAUUUUGUCAUUGUCGGUGCCGGAAGUGCCGGAUCAGUAGUGGCAAGCAGACUGUCCGAAGUCAAAAAAUGGCAGGUACUAUUAAUUGAAGCUGGACAACAUGCCGCACAUAUCAUGGACGUGCCAUUGGUUGCUCCGUUUUUACAAUAUUCCUCGAUCAAUUGGAAAUACAGGACAGUACCGAUGAACAAUUCGUGCUUAGGUUUCGAGGGCAAUCGGUGUAAAUUUCCAAGGGGCAAAGUCAUGGGUGGCAGCAGUGUACUAAAUUAUAUGAUAUAUACACGUGGUAACAGAAAGGAUUAUGACGAUUGGGCAGAUAUGGGUAACACAGGUUGGAACUAUGACAAUGUUUUCAAGUACUUCAUUAAAUCAGAAAGUGCUAACUUGUCAGAUGCCGAUCCGAGUUAUCACGGAAGUAACGGAUUGUUAUCGGUGACAAAUGUUCCUUACAAAACUCAAAUAGCAAAGGCAUUUGUGGAAGCUGGCUCGCAAAUCGGACUUCCAGUUGUAGAUUUCAACGGGAAAAAACAAAUAGGGAUAAAUUAUUUACAGACGACCAUGAAAAAUGGGCUCCGUUAUAGUACGAACACAGCGUUUCUUUUCCCAGCGAAAAAGAGAUCAAAUCUGCACGUAAAAAAGCUCAGUAUGGUAACGCGCAUACUGAUCGACGGAUCGACGAAGAAAGCAAUCGGCGUGGAGUUUGUCAGGGGUGGGAAAAAAACCAGAGUGUACGCACGGAAGGAAGUGAUCGUUUCAGGUGGAGCCAUAAACACUCCGCAGCUGCUCAUUUUGUCCGGAAUCGGGCCCAAACAACACUUGGCGGACCUUCGGAUCCCGUUGGUGAAAGACUUGGCCGUUGGUGAGAAUCUGAUGGACCACGUGGCGCUGGGAGGUCUGACAGUGACGGUGAACGAUACUGUAUCAAUAAGGCUGCAUAAGGUGCUUGAUGAUCCAAAUAUUCUAAACGACUUUUUGCAUAACCACAACGGCAUCUAUACAGUGCCGGGUGGCCCCGAAGCUUUGGCCUUUGUGGACGUGGACAAGCCGAUUUCGGAAAAUGGGCGUACCAAUCUCGAGCUGCUGCUAGUGUCAGGACUAUACUCGUCCCACGAACUUAUGCCUAAGCUUUGUGGUAUGAGGAGUGAUCUGUACGAUGCCGUAUACCGGCAAACCGAUGGCAUGGACGGGUUCAUAGUGUUCCCAAUGGUAAUGCGUCCCAAAAGUCGCGGUCGGGUGUGGCUGAGGGAUGCCAAUCCGUAUCACCACCCGCUAAUCGACCCCAAUUAUUUCGCCGACGAAACUGAUCUGGACGUUAUAGUAGCCGGAGUCCGACUGUUCCAGCGAAUGUUGCGCACGGGCCCGAUGAAGUCACUUGGCGCUAAGAUCCUGGACACUCCACUGCCCGGAUGUCGGCAACACGUUUUCGACACGGAUGCCUACUGGAAAUGUUCCGCUCGACAGAUGUCGUUCACGAUCUAUCACCUGUCCGGCACGUGCAAGAUGGGACCGGCUUCGGAUCCGUCGGCCGUCGUUGACCCGAGACUGCGCGUGUACGGCGUCCGCGGUCUGAGAGUGGUGGACGCAUCGAUUAUGCCGGAAGUACCGUCGGCCCAUACCAACGCGCCGACGAUUAUGAUUGCGGAAAAAGCGUCCGACAUGAUCAAAGAGGACUGGGGUGUAUAGACGUGGAAAAUAAUGAAGCAGUUAUAAUAUUAAAAUGAGUGUUAAGAAUAUUGAUUUAAGGGAGCAACAUCAUUUGAGUACACGUAUAUGCAUCAUCUUUGUCUCAUGUGAAUACUCGUAUUUAACAUACGAGUAUUUCUAAAUACCUCUAUAAAGAUCUUUAGUUUUGAAUUUGUAUACCCAUUUUCAAUUAUAUUUACAUUAUUGUUUUA